AUGUACAUAUGUGUCGAGUGGUGCGCCAUAUGGAGCAGUACAAAACAGAGCCUCUUUACUGAAGAGACUUCCGUCGAAAUGAAAUAUGCUGAGGUCUCGCUUGAGGCUGAGAAUGGUGAGCCUCCACCGAAAUGUGCGAAAAUAGAAACAUCCGAGUCAAGGAGGAUAGUUCCGAUACUAAGCGACGAAGUUCGAGGCGAAACCGUACCAUUGGCUGAGUUCUACGUAGUUCAGUUUGUUGAGAAGCAGAAAAUCAGCCCAUUCCUGAAAAAAGUCCCAUUAGUAUGCGAAGGAUUCGACCACCUGAAACGAGUGGAUAAAAUUGGUCGAGUGCUGUUGCAACCCGCCACGAAUUCGCUCUCAGAGAACCAUCUUGCGGUCUUGCGAGAGCUCGAACUGGAUGAAUCUAAUGUACAGAUCGUGAAAGUGCCAGCAUCGAGGCCCCUUACAGCGCGUCAGUUCGGCUGGGCAAAGGAGUAUUGGCCUACAACUUUUCAUCCAGAUAAGGAACUCGAAAACCUACUGCAUGAUACGUUUCUGUCCGAUGAAGAGAAGACAUCUGUGUAUCGUUGGAGUGAGCUUGCGCUCGAAGUGGGAUGUGUUGUCGUACAGGACGGUGACGUGUUGGCAAGAGGCUCACGAACAGAGCGACUUCUCGGUCAUCCUGUCAUGGACAUGGUGCAGAAUCUAGCGAAUUGUCAACGACGUGAUGAGGAUUACCUUGCGACUGGAUGCGAUGUGUAUUUGAAGGAUGAGCCAUGUGCGAUGUGUGCAAUGUCUGUUAUAGAACAUAAACGUUACUGUGACAAAUACCGUUUUGAGGCUUUGGUUCAUUGUCGAGCAUCCCGUGUUUUCUACUGUAGGAAUUCCAGAAACGGAGUUCUCGCACCAGGUAAAUGGCAGCUGCAUCUUGAAUCUGCCAUUAAUCAUCAUUACGGUGUCUUUCAUGUGAAAAUCACCGAUGAAGACAAUCAGUCUUCUGUUUGUGGAAAAUAG